AUGGCUGCAAUCUCUGAUCAAUUCUCUGCCACUUCAGAAGAGAACAACAUCAACAACACAGUGGCGAUAUCAAUGAACAAGAAGAAUAUUAUAAAACCUCAAUCUUCAAAUUCCAAAACCUCAGCUUUCAAGUUCUCCGAGGAUGCUUCCGUUUGCGAGUCUAAGUUGAAAGAACAUGAUUUUAUCAACUCUACAAAGAACAUGGUGGUGGGUUCAUCUUCAUCAAGUUUGGCUAAUAAUGAAAAAAAGUCGUUGAAAAUCUUUCAAUGCAAUUUUUGUAAGAAUCAAUUUUCGUCUGGAAAAGCUUUAGGAGGACACCAAAAUGCUCAUAAAAAAGAGCGUGCCCUCGCAGAACAUGGCCAAGAGGUAAACAAUGGUUUUGAGUCUCAUCAUGAUUUUCCUAACUACACUUACAAUCCUAGUCUUCCUACAAUUCCUUAUCAUGGAUUUAGAUCCUAUAAUAGAGCACUUGGAAUUAAUAUGAAAUCUAUGAUUCACAAACCAACCCCAAACUAUUCGUGGAUGUCACCUUCUGCAUGGACACCAAUGCAAGAGAUGAAAACCUAUUCUUUUCUUGAUGGACUGCAGAAUGAGAGUGUUAAUGCAAAUACUGCAACUCCAACUUUGAAGAAUUUGCUUAAGAAUUUAGAAGUUGGUAUUGGAGAGUCUUCCAUAAAUAUUGCUAAUAAGGCAAACUUUGAUGAAGAGAAUUCAAAUAUAGUUGGCAGAGGUGAUCAUGUUAAUCAUUGUAUUAACAUGGAAGAAGUUUCUGAAGCUGAGUCGAUUGAGUUGGAUUUGUCACUUAAACUUUGA